AUGACAUCCUCCAGCUCCGACGCCACACAGGCAGCAGCAGCAGCAGCGACUCUGGCGGCCGCUUUAGAAGAGCAGGAACAUGAGGAGCAGGAGCCUCCACCCGCGGAUGGUCUCGAGCCUAAUCAUGUUCAGCUCAUUCGUAAUACAGCGCUGGGAGUUAUACGUAAUGGAGCACAGUUCGCUGAAUGGUUACAAACUAAACGCCGUGGAGAUAAGCAGUAUACCUUCCUUUUCAAAGGGCUUGGCCACGACUACUACCAGUGGUGCUUAUCGAACCCUGAGGAGUGUAAACGACUGGAGGACGCAGCACAGGAGCAACAGGCUGAUGACGCUGAGUCGGAUUCUGAUGCUAGCAGAAGCGACGAUCCAGAUCUAGGUCUCGCGAGGAUCGUAGCCGGCGUCGUCGUCCGCGGAGUCGAUCUCGUCGUA